UAAUUUCAGACACUUUGGCAUCACUUAUACUUCAUUCUAAACAACAAGUAUGAAAUUGAUGCUCUUCAUGCACUUACUCGUGAUAUUCCUACUGUUGUCGACCUUGUUCGAUGAAGCUGACGCAAAGAAGAAAAAGAAGGCGAAGAAGCCUAAAAAACAACCCAGAAAAAUCGAAUGUAUUUUUACGGACAGAAUUGAGUGUUCAUGGUAAAUCCUGUUUUCGUAUAAAGGCAUCAGAUCUACGAUCUUUAUGUAUGUAUGUAUUCGGAAGGUCA